CUUGUAGGAAGGAAAAUUCUUAGAUAGCAAUUCCGGAUUGCUAAUCGUGGACGUUCCAACCAGAUACUCAAGAUAAUACUGGAAGUGGAAGUCCACAAUUACUGGACCGAGUCUAAAGGUCAAAGUACAAAGGGCUGUCGCUUAAGAUGGGAACUUUGUCACUGAGCGAGUUUAAAGACGUGAGAAUCCCAGCACCUUGGGGUCACAUCGCAGGACGUUGGUAUGGCAAUCAAGAGGAUCGACCGAUCCUUGCAAUCCACGGAUGGUUGGACAAUCUGGGAACCUUCGAUCGACUGAUUCCCCUACUCCCUGAUUAUAUAGGAGUGCUCUGCAUUGAUCUUCCCGGACAUGGAAGAUCCUCCAGCAUUCAGCCGAGGAUGCAUUAUUCGGUCUACGAUUACGUCUACAUUAUUCCCCGAGUGAUGAGAGAGUAUGGAUGGUCGAGGGUUUCCCUAAUGGGUCACUCGCUAGGUGGCUUUAUUAGCUUCGUUUACACUUCACUGGCUCCACAGACAGUGGAUAUGGUCAUAUCCUUGGAUAUAUUACUGCCUAGGACAGUGGUUCCCAAGAAAGCUGUAGAUGUGGUGGCCCAGAGCAUGGAGAAGCAUCUGGUGGAGGAGGAACGUCGGGAGAAAAGUCAUCUCACAGAACCCACCUCCUACACUAUCUCCCAGCUGACCAAAACCCUAGUGAAGAGGAACUCCAAUUCUAUUACACCUGAGCUAACUAAGCACCUUCUUCAUCGCCAGGUGGAAAAAUCAAAACUUUUUCCAAACAGUUUCUACUUGGCCGGGGAUGGCCGGGUAAAGUUCUACCAUCUAUCGCAAAUGGAACCUGGACUCGGUGAGGAGAUGACGAGAAGGAUCCUUAAGAAUCCCUUUCUAUUAAUAAUGGCGGAAAUGUCAUCGUUUGUGGGAGCCCAAUGUGAGGUGCCCAUAUCUAUUCUGCGCCAAUACAACCCACACUUUGAGUGCUACGAAGUAGAAGGUGGUACCCAUCAUAUCCAUCUUAAAUUCCCUGAGCAGUGCGCUCGUUACAUAGUGCCCUUCAUAAGGCGUUAUAGACCUCCUACUCCAAUCUCUGAAGAAGGAGAAAUACUCACUGAAAGGACCAAUAACAAACAAAGUAAACUGUGA